CUUACAGCAUCAAUAUCAGUAAAAGACGAAAAGUUGGACAUUGAUGAGAAAUUGCUCACUCGCUCGCGCCACUCCCUAAAAUGAACGGAGCCAGCGCAAAUAAGCGCACGAGGAACCCCUGUGCAUAUUUUGAUGGACAUUUUCCGGAUGCGUGCAUCUUGAAAACAACUUGGGAAGAUCUCUGAAUUAAAUCGAGACAACACUCCUGCUGUUGCAGAAAACGUCACAUCUUAUGAGGACACAGGGGGAGUCGUUUUUUGCUGACCGGAGCAUCUUUGGACCGUUGCAAUGGGAUGCUCUUUCAAAAUAACGCCCUAGGGGUGAUGUCCCCAUUUCUUUGAGACAUGCAUCUGUAUGUUAUCCGGUCGUCCUGAAGGCUGCGACGCGGUUGGAUAUAUCCAAGUCCAGCGCAGCAGCUCUGGUGCAGCGGGCGGGUGGAGGACCUGGAUCAUUGCGGUACCUGUUAUAAACGCCAGCUAAAAGACUCAAGUGACCCUGGAAACGAGACUUUUGUUACUUCUGCUGAUGUCGCGUCAACAAAACGAUCUGACAAAUAAUUUCCCUGGCGCUUUGAGGAGUCCUUCUUGCAGUGUUUCCUGGGUUCAAGUGCAUGUGAGAGGUGUCAUCGAGUGAGAAGAAACCCACAAUUUCCUUACUUUUCCCCACAAAGUUUUCCAGAGGCCCCAUCGUAGCAUCCUGACCACAAAUUGCAGGUUGCAUUCAUUCACAGCAUGACUGUUGCCACGGGCGACCCAGUCGAUGAAGCCGCAGCUCUUCCUGUUCAGCCACAGGACACGUAUGACCCGGAAACGGACCAUGAGUGUUGCGAAAGGGUGGUCAUUAAUAUCUCCGGCCUGCGGUUUGAGACACAGCUCAAAACACUUUCUCAGUUCCCAGAGACGCUGCUCGGGGACCCCAAAAAGCGAAUGCGCUAUUUUGACCCUCUGAGGAACGAGUACUUUUUUGACAGGAACCGCCCAAGUUUCGAUGCCAUUCUUUACUACUACCAAUCGGGCGGCAGGCUGCGAAGGCCCGUCAAUGUGACUUUGGAUAUUUUUUCAGAGGAGAUACGUUUUUACGAGCUCGGGGAGGAAGCUAUUGAGAUAUUUAGAGAGGACGAAGGAUUUAUCAAGGAGGAGGAAAAGCUACUGCCGGAAAAUGAGUUUCAGAGGCAGGUCUGGCUGCUGUUCGAGUACCCUGAAAGUUCAGGGCCCGCCAGGAUUAUCGCCAUCAUUUCGGUCAUGGUCAUUCUAAUAUCUAUAGUCAGCUUUUGCCUGGAGACGCUUCCCAUUUUUCGCAGUGAGGAAAUGGAGAUUCAAAAAGCUUACACAAGCAAUUCCAACUCAACAAUUUACUACACCUCCACCUACUUUACUGACCCUUUCUUCAUCCUGGAAACCCUUUGCAUCAUUUGGUUCUCCUUUGAGUUCUUGGUGCGGUUCUUUGCGUGUCCCAGUAAAGCAGGCUUCUUUGUCAAUAUAAUGAACAUCAUUGAUAUUGUGGCUAUAAUACCUUACUUUAUCACCUUGGGCACUGAGCUAGCGGAGAAGCCAGAGGACGGUCAACAAGGACAGCAAGCUAUGUCACUUGCCAUAUUGAGGGUGAUCAGAUUAGUAAGAGUCUUCAGGAUCUUCAAACUUUCUCGGCACUCGAAAGGCCUGCAAAUCCUCGGCCAAACGCUCAAGGCCAGCAUGAGGGAGCUUGGGCUACUCAUCUUCUUCCUCUUCAUCGGAGUCAUCCUGUUUUCUAGCGCUGUCUACUUUGCAGAAGCAGACGAGCCAGACUCGCAGUUUGUAAGCAUCCCUGACGCCUUCUGGUGGGCAGUUGUGUCCAUGACGACAGUGGGGUACGGUGACAUGGUUCCAACUACCAUCGGGGGCAAAAUCGUAGGAUCCCUGUGCGCUAUCGCCGGUGUGCUGACCAUCGCCUUGCCCGUGCCCGUCAUAGUCUCAAACUUCAACUACUUCUACCACAGAGAGACCGAAGGUGAAGAGCAGGCGCAGUACCUCAACGUGACCAGCGUCCCUAAGAUAGAUUCCUCAGAGGACCUGAAAAAGAGCCGCAGCGGGUCAACAAUGAGCAAAUCCGACUACAUGGAAAUCCAAGAGGUCGUUAACAACAGCACUGAGGAUUUCCGAGAGGAGAACAUCAAGACCGGCAACUGCACCCUUACCAACACCAACUACGUUAACAUCACCAAAAUGCUUACAGAUGUGUAACUUCGAAUUGCCUUUCCAUAGGAGGUAGAAAGAAGAGCUUUGAGUAGGGAAUUACACACCCUAGUUUUGAAGACUUCAGAGGCCCAACUCGAGUGUUUCGUGACAGGAGUACUGAAAGAAGUCAGUUUGAGUGAAGGAUCAAUGAUGAAGAACGGUUCAUCAUUCCAUCCCAUGUCCUUCUCGCUCCUCCACCAGUUGUGGAUAACUUGACUGGUGCGGGGGCUUGUUCCGCAUCCCUGUGUUCAGUGUCUGCAUGGAGUCUGUCUUAUCUGUGUGACUGUUCCAGUGGUCGUUCUGCUUGCAACAGUAGCCAAACAGUAGCCUAACCAAUAGAUACAAGUGUAGCAUAGAGGGACCAAAUCCUGACCCCCAUUCCCCCAUUUACUGCCAACCUAUGUGUAGUGCAACCUGAGUUUGUACCUGGUCAAAACAGCAAUUUUGUCACUCCAAUUGAUCAGUGGCAUAUAAUAGAGAACAUGUACCUGAGAGGAAUAACAAAGGAGGAUGUAUUUCUCUGCGAAAGCACACACUUUGCCUGUCCUGCCAGCAACAGAAACAUAUCGUGUGCGGUACCUAUAGACAUUUUACAUUCCAUCUUCUGACGGAGAAAUAGAUACACGACCAACCUCGGAGACCUGCAAUGGCCAUUACAAGGCCUGUUUUCUGUAUGACAUUUCUUUCUCUGCCAGCGUGCUAAGAUUUCUCUAUGUGUUCCAUGUCAAGAGUAAACCGACGUACACUUGGUUUCCAACUUCUUCAUUCCAUUGUGCCGCAUGACCAGCUUUCCGCCAUUGUGUCAUUUUUCCCGUCACUUAUUGUUCCCAGCAAAGUAAGACUUCAUAGCAUUCCAUGUGUGUGAGAAAGGAUCUAACCCUACAAGCACUGAUGAUGGUUGCAGGAGUGUAGUUAUUUAUACUGAGACAUAGCAACCAACAACAGCAAAGCACUAGCUCACUAAGUCAGGUCACCAAAGAUACAAUUCACUGCCACUGUGUGAUGCAUUUUUAUGUUCGUAUUUUCAUUUAAGUGCCAUUCCAUGGUGUAUCCUGCUCAUAAUAUAAUGCUGGAGCAUUGAAAUGAAAGUUGUGUGAAAGUUACGCUUGUAAUAGUGAUAGGAAAUACUACUACUUCUGUGAUGCAUGUCUGGUACACACUCCUCAUAGCAUGCAUGUAGUAAGAAUAAUGCUUACACAUGAAACUAGUAAUAAGUAUUCAUAUCUUUAUCAAACAAAAUAAUUUUUCUCUGUAAGAUUAACAGUACGUGCAAUAUUAAAAAUCCCUCUUUUUCUAAGGUUUUUAAUGUUAGUUGGCUAAUACAUUAGUUAGUGCCCACUUUCGGGGUCAAACACCAUGACGAUUGGUCAAUUCUACUGGUUCAUUGAUCUAUGGAUAGAGAGCAAGUUGUACCGAUUAGGACGAGUUGUUCAAAGCACCACAUUUAGAUACGGGAGAAAUCUAAUUUCUAACUAAUUUAGUUUCAACUAAACUCAGUUUCAUUUGUCUAAUCUAAUAAUAUGGGAUUCUAAUGAAUGGGUUGCCUUCUGGAUUACAUCGUUACAAUGUUGGUGUAUGUGUAAUGACAGUAAAAGUAUAAACUAGGGUGUCACAAUUUGGCAGUAUUGCCAUUAUUCACGAUAUACCCCCCCCCCCCCCCCCACGGUUAUCGAUACCAUGUUGAUUCCACACCUAUUGUAAACUGCCUUAAGAGUCAAAAUGGUUGCGAACUCUUUCUCUGCCUCCGUAAAUUUGUGUGAGUCUUUGCCCAAAAAAAGACAAUCACAAAAUUAAAGAUGGAUUUGACUGGUUACAUCAUUUAUUGAAAAAAAAGAUAUUCUGAUAGAUACCGUGAUACAAUUGCACCUGCAAAGAUUUUGGCCACGUUAACCGUGUUGGGAAACGUAGAUAUCGUGACAGCCCUAGCAUCGUGUCAGCUUUCAAGCCAUACAUAUGGUAGCAUACCCAUUUUGUUUCAAAUAUAUAUACAUAUUUAAAAUGUAUUUUCUGGAAAAAUGGACCAAAAUAUUGAGGCCCUGGCGUUCUGCACAGGAUCCUACCAGUUUAGGCCAACAAAAGUCCCCUCCCCCUCAUGCCAAGAACGCCUAUUAUUAUUCAGUCAAAAAGCACGUUUACUCAUUAUUGGCCAUUCAGGCAUUUUGAGAAAAUAAUUCAAGAUAAAUUUAUAAAUUUAUAUUUAUCAUUUUUUAUAGUUGAUCUUUGCCCAAUUUUCCAAAAGGUGUGAACUAAACAAAUAAACUAAACUAAAAAAGUGACUUUUUAUUAUACUGUAUGCACAGUCAAACUGCCAGUAAUUGUAAUCAUGGACCUCCAUGAUGUCCCUUGCUAACGACCAGCAACAGCAAGUAGCAAAUGGUGAUCAGGCAUUGUGUCUUAAAAUAAAAUAAGUCAUUAACAUGUCUUGCCCCAACUUAUUAUUUCUUCAAACAGGAUGUCAGCACAGAAAAGAACAUUGCUUUUGUGAAAUUAUUUCAUGGGCUGUGUAAAGUUGUAUAUAAAAGCAGGAAACUUUGUGGUUCAGGACCUGUGCAGUCAAUACUUGAUCCAUACUGUUAGUAGAAUGGCGAAUGUAAACAAAAUGAAUGGUAGAUCUCAUCACUUUCUUUGCUGUUAUAUUGGCCUCAUAUUAUGGAGUGGUCCAAUAUUACUGACAGCGUGUCAUACUAGAGUACAAUACAUGAAGCGCCGCCAUACCCAAGAAUGUGGUGCUCUGUUCACUCUACCUUUUCCAAAUAUAGCCCAUCCAAGUUACAAGAUGCUUACCCUUUCCGUAAAUUCAUUCAGGGUUGAGGUUAAGACACAUGCCCUGCUGACUACUUUCACCCGCUUAUUGUAGGUAUGUCUCACAGACCAGGAAAAGUGAGUGACAUUUCGCAUCUCAACCCUUUAUGUUUGGCCUUAAUGGAAGUGCCGCUUUUCCUAACUGUUUUUGCACAUGACACAUUACACAUUAACUCAUGAGAAUAUGACCACGUUCUUGUAAAUGUUUUUUUUAUGAGUUGUUAAAGUCAACAUGAAUCAUCAUCCUUAAGCCAUUUUAAACCAGAACACUGGAAUUACCCGUUUAUUAUAUUCUGAUAAAAUAUGAUCACAAGUUUUUACUGGCCUUAAGUAAUAAACUGCACUAAUAGUUUUUACACAGUAAGACCAGGAAUCAGCAUUGAGAAAUUUCAUGUUGACUUUAACACUUAUUUGUCAUUUUAAGGCAUCAAAUCAUCACAAAACAGUUGGUGCGGCUAAAAUGUUAUAAAUUUGUAUAAGUUCAGAAUGAUAUUUUUUCAUCUUCAUCCCUUUUCAACUAAUACUGCUGCAUUCUGCCUUUUAGGACUCUAUACCCAUAUAACAUACAGGACUCUGAGGAUGCUUGUCAACCACCUCAGGAACACAGACUUUAUUAAUGUCUAUGGCGUGUUGUUGAAUACAUGCAUCGAAGCCCUGUUGUUAAAGAAUGUUCAUGCAAAGGAUGGUAUGCAAGUAAUUGGACAAGCGCUUUUUUACUGCCAGGGCAUACAAUUGUCUUAUCCUAGAGGAAAAAGAGAUUCUUAAUAAGAUGUCUGAAAUUGAGUACGAGUUUAACAGAGAAAUACGUCUAACUGAUGCUCUCAAAAUAUGGUAUUUAAUAGCAUCUCCAUAGCUGCCUCGUUCUGUCUGAAACUGUGAAUAUAUUGUUUUUAAUAUGUUCACUAUGACAGUCGGUAUGUACAUUUGUAAUACUUUCGGGAUUUUCUCUAAUGUCUAUAUACAAACACAGCUUUGUGACAGUACUUUUAAAGAAUUUCAAUGCUUUCUUUGUUGUCUUUACACUAGCUAUAGCUUUAUAAAACGCCUCCAUGUUACGCAGUUUCUUAAUAGCGGGAAAUUUACAGCUGCAAUGAUGUCCUUUGUCCAUAUCCAAAUCUAAAUGUACUGUAGUACCGGUAUACUUCAUAUACGUUAAGCACAAAUACAGGGAAAAAAACGAACUGUAAUUAUCAUAGAAGCUUUGCCUAUUGAUUACUGCGGUAUAUAUACAUGUAUCAGCAAUCAAACCAAGCCUUUAUAUAUAAUCAAUAUUUAACUGAAUGUCCUUGCAGACUUUGCUGUUCACACAUGUUUUUGGAUAAAAAAACGGACGAGCCCUCAUUUGCUAUAAACAUGUACAUGCAAUAUGGAUAUACAGUGUAUAUAAUGACAUUUAUGGGUGGACGAAUGAAAAAAACGAUAGAUGAACAGACCACAUUUAAGAGCAAAAGAAAAUGAUUUCACUACUUGUUGGGUUAGUGAAUUGAGAGAGAGUGAACAGCUUGCAAAAGAGCAGCUAUUUCAUGAUGAAAGUUAGGCCUUGUUCACACUGCGCACAAAUCUGAUUUGUUGUUAAAAUCUCAUCUCUUUGACUGACUGAAAACACUCAGUGAAGAUCUGUUCACACCAAAGGCGAUAACUUUAAAGCAAUUUAUUUCCAUUUGAUGAACGAUUAAACAUGAACAAUCUAAAUAAAAUUUAAAAUAGGACACUACGGCACGCAACCAUAGAAUACACUUUAUUACAACGUUGUAACAACGUUAUUUCAACAUAUGAGCAUAAUUCAUAUAAGCACAGUUCAAACAUGGUUUUGUCUGUUUGUGUGGAUGCUAAUACAGUUGUAGUUAUUGUUUAGUGUGAACACUCCUUUACUCAUAGAAGGUAUUUUUCAAGCUAAAUAUUGUGCCGUUAUUUUGAAAAUGUAUCAAAUGAUAUAAACGCCAAAUGCUGUAGAAGUGUUUGAACCCAACUAUACAAUGAUUGCCAUAACAAUGACUUAAGCAUCAGCACAAAAACAUUUUUCAUAAUAUUUUCUACUGCCACAAAUAGCAGCAUAUUGUACGCAUGCAAAUGUUCUUUGACUUCUCACUUAUUCACCAUUUGCUUAAAAACAAAUGCCACGUUGUUGACUAUGGGGAAAGAGUUUAUUUAAACACAGCCACAGAUAUUACUGUAUCUUUCAUCAUUUUUUUGUGUUACUAUUGUUCUAUGUUAAAGAAAAACUAAUUUGUGCUGUCUGUCUGAACAAGGCCUUAUAAAACUACAGAUGGCAAACUUAUGAAUGUCCAGUCGGGCUCAUCUGAUCGGAAAUAUGUUUGAUGUCACAUGCUUUACAAAUGCUCAAGCAAAUGAGCUGAGGUGUUCAGUCUUGGUCUGCAUCUAUACGUGUAUGUGAGAUUAUCCCGCACAUUGUCAUUCAGGAGGCCUGAAAAUUCAUUCCUUGUACAAAGCCUUUGUUUUCUAAAGAAAAACUGACAAGAGUAAUACAACGUGAGGAACUGAUGAGCAGAUGGAGGACUCAAUACAUUCUCACAAUGGGAUAUAAGAAAUGUGCACUUUACAAGGACCUCUGGAUGCAAACUUUAAAGACAAUCUUGGACAGAGAACACGAGAUGCAUCUUUUCCUUCCAAAAGAUUAUAACUGUAAAGAGAUCUAUGAAUAAUAAUGAUUAUGGGGAUGAGUA